AGAGGCACCCGCGCGUCGCGUGCCACGUGACCGCCCGGCUGGCGCGCGCCCGGCCGUUCGCUCCCUAGCCGCGUUCACGGUUGCUUCCCUCUUCUGUCGCCGUCUCCCGGCCUCCUCACCGAAGCGGCCCGGGCUGGACCCAAGCCGGAGCCGAGCCACAGCCGGAACCGGAGCCGGACCUGCAGAGACGUGGAAACAUGGAGGCCUGAGCCGGCGUGCGCCACCCCGGGCUGCGGCGGCGACCGCGGCUUCUACUGAUCCCCUCUGCCACCCGCCCGUCCGUCGGUCUGUGGAGCUGGAAGCAGAUCUCCCCGCCGGCUGAGACAGGUUGUCUUGUGGAAAUGCAGGUUUAAGGACAAGUUAUCUACCAUAUUAGAAGAUGGGAUCAAACAGCAGCAGAAUUGGUGAUCUUCCUAAAAAUGAGUACUUAAAGAAGUUAUCGGGAACAGAAUCUGUCUCUGAGAAUGACCCGUUCUGGAAUCAGCUUCUCUCGUUUUCUUUCCCUGCACCAACUAGCAGUACCGAGUUGAAACUCUUGGAGGAGGCAACCAUUUCAGUCUGCAGGUCUUUAGUUGAAAACAACCCUCGAACAGGAAAUCUUGGUGCACUAAUUAAGGUCUUCCUUUCUAGAACCAAAGAACUAAAACUUUCAGCAGAAUGUCAGAACCACAUCUUCAUUUGGCAAACACACAAUGCUUUAUUUAUUAUUUGCUGUUUGCUGAAGGUGUUCAUCAGUGAGAUGUCAGAGGAAGAAUUACAACUUCAUUUUAUAUAUGAAGAAAAAUCUCCUGGCAGUUACAGUUCUGACUCAGAAGAUCUUUUGGAAGAAUUGCUCUGCUGUUUGAUGCAGUUAAUCACUGAUAUUCCACUCUUAGAUAUUACAUAUGAAAUAUCAGUAGAAGCGAUAUCAACAAUGGUGGUUUUCCUUUCCUGCCAACUCUUCCACAAGGAAGUUUUGCGACAGAGCAUCAGCCACAAAUAUUUGAUGCGAGGUCCAUGUCUUCCAUAUACCAGCAAACUUGUGAAAACCUUAUUGUAUAACUUUAUCAGACAAGAAAAGCCACCUCCUCCGGGAGCCCAUGUUUUUUCUCAGCAGUCGGAUGGGGGAGGACUACUUUAUGGACUUGCAUCAGGAGUAGCAACUGGGCUCUGGACUGUCUUCACGCUGGGCGGCGUGGGCAGCAAAGCAGCCACUCCUCCAGAGCUCUCUUCCCCUCUGGCCAACCAGAGUCUGCUGCUUCUGCUGGUGCUGGCCAACCUAACAGACGCUCCCGAUGCUCCAAACCCCUACAGGCAGGCCAUCAUAUCUUUUAAGAACACACAAGAUAGCAGUCCUUUUCCGUCAUCAAUUCCACACACCUUCCAGAUCAACUUUAAUAGUUUGUACACAGCUCUGUGUGAACAGCAGACCUCUGAUCAAGCGACUCUCCUCUUGUAUACAUUGCUCCAUCAGAACAGUAAUAUUAGAACAUACAUGUUGGCCCGUACAGAUAUGGAAAAUCUUGUUUUACCAAUUCUUGAGAUUCUGUAUCAUGUUGAAGAAAGAAAUUCACACCAUGUGUAUAUGGCCCUUAUAAUACUAUUGAUCCUUACAGAAGAUGAUGGCUUCAAUAGAUCCAUUCAUGAAGUGAUAUUAAAAAAUAUUACUUGGUAUUCGGAACGAGUUUUAACUGAAAUUUCCUUGGGGAGUCUCCUGAUACUGGUCGUAAUAAGAACCAUUCAGUACAACAUGACAAGGACGAGAGACAAGUAUCUGCACACCAACUGUUUAGCAGCGUUAGCAAAUAUGUCUGCUCAGUUCCGCUCGCUCCAUCAGUACGCUGCCCAGAGGAUCAUCAGUUAUACCUGCCGCCACUUGCGGAGAUAUGUUUAUGUGUUGGACAAACUGUGUUUCCCCCACUCUCACUGUUCUACGCUUCAGCAUUGCUUCUCGACCCUCAGUGACAAUGGAGAGGAACUCUUGUCUUUAACUUGCUCUCACAUUCUCAGAUCCUAUGCUUCCAGGUUAUUAACCUAUGCUGUCCAUUUACUGCAUGCUGCAUGUUGUAUAUGACUGAUAAUUGCAUGUUUUAAUGGGACACAUGUCAAUUAAAUGAUUAAAGAGAAACUUUAUAUUUGAAAUGAUACUAAAUAAUUUUUUAAAAUAACAGCUGGGAUUUGUUUCCUUUCAAAUGUCAUCUUAAGUACUUUUAUAUUAUGUUUCAUGGGAAAGAGGAAAACUUUCAACCACACAGUUGUGUAAACUUGCCAGAACUUUCCUAUACCUUGUUCCAUUUGGAAACCUUUUGAUUUAAUUUAUGGUAAUUGGAGUGCUCUGUCUCACUUGUAUUUGAAAUAGCCUGUACAAUUACUGAGACAUACAGAUGAACAUUGAGUUCUCUUUCAUGCCUUGUGAGCACACCUGAGAGCUAGCUGUAGGAUUUCACCCGUGUUCUAAUAGAGGCACAUUCAGUUGAGCAGGUUUGAUUUUAUAGGAAGGCAGAAAUUAUUAUCCUAUUGAGUUUUGUGUUUCUUACUCAUUUUAUUUACAUACAGAGUAGUUAUAAAGUCAGCAAGUUUCAAUAUGUCAUGGGUGAAUGUAGAUUAAACAUAAUGAUGGUGGGAGUAAUACGAAAGAGACAAGCUAUCAAUCUCAAAUAUCAGAGAAAAUCAGCACCUGCUGUUUAGUGCGUAUCAUGCACCAAAAUGGAGGGGCAGUAUGACAUUACUGCUUUGUACUUUGCAGUUGACAUUUUUAACACACUUUUUUUUUAUAAGUCAGAGAUGACUUAUACCAGCACUAUACUGUUAGCCAGAUAUGAUAAUUUAAGGCAAUAUCAUCACUGCCAGAUGAUUUAGAUGAAGAAGGAAAAAACUCCAUGACAACCUUAACAAGAAAAUAGAAAACAUUUAGAAUUAAAAUAGACCUUUCCAGAUGAAGAAACAUACAAAAGCUUUAGACUACACAUUAUAUCUAAGUGAAAACACUUUGAUUAUUAGAAAAGGAAGAUGAUGUGGCAUAUAUAAUGACAGAUUUUCUUGGGAGCAGAAAGAUUUUAUAGAUGGUCAUGAUGUUGAUCAGGCUUUUAUUGAGUCAAUAUGGGUACUUUUGAGAAAUCAAAAAACCAGGAAUAGAAAAGCAAGUGAAAAUGGUAUUAAUAGAAUUAACCUUUGAGUAUAUAAUAUAGAAGGAUUUAUCAAAGUUACCAAACUAAAGCCAGUGACUUUCCACUGACUUAUGUAAAGUGACUUAUGUAAAGUGAGUGAAUAUCAGGUAAGUGAAUGAUACUCUUAGUAAUUGGAGACAAAGCUUUUGGGUUGCAAGGAAUGUGGAGAGCUGCUACCAAUCAUUGAGCCUCUUAAAUGGGCAGCAUAAUGGACCUUACCCUUAUUUACUAGUGUAUCAGUCAAGGUUCCCCACAAAACCAACAGGAGAGAUUAUGUAUAUGUGGGGAAACACAGAUGUUUUAGGGAAUUGACUGGUGAUUAUAGGGGUUAUCUGUAGGACAGGUCAGCAGGCUGGAAUUCAGGUAAGCGUUGAUGCUGCAAUCCUAAAUCCACAGGGCAGGCCAUCAGGAUAGAAACUCAGGCAGGAUUCUUAUGUUGUGGUCUUGAGACAGAAUUCCUUCUUCCCAAGGAAACCUCGGUUUUGUAUGACCAUCAAUUGAUUGGAUGUGUCCCACUUACAUUAUAGAGGGUAAGCUGCUCUCCUUAAAGUCAGCUGAGCAUAAAUGUUAAUCACAUCUGCAAAUACCUUCACAGCAACAACUAGUCUCGUAUUUGACUGGAGAACUGGGCACCAUAUAGCCCAGUCAAGUUUACAUAUAAAAAUA